GCACUCCGUCUCCCCCUUCCUCUUAUCUCUUUCUCUACUCAACUCAACUCCACAAUGCCUGACUUGUUUGAUAACUUCUUCGGCCGCAUUGGCACCGCGCUCAAUGGCGGCAAAUCGCAUGCCCACUACGGGGGCAGUUCCCAAGUAAACACCGGUAAGUUCUACAGUUACCAUAGCAGUGUUAACAAUAACAAGUCCUGGAUGCCCACGUCCAAGUCUUUCGACACCACGAUGGACCGGCUUGACGAAAGCAAGGCCAAGCCCAGAAUGGGGUCGGUUAGUUCCAUGGCCUCUGAAGACGGCGGUGCCGGCUCCACCAGCAGACACGGCAGCGUUUCGUCGGACGGCAAGAUCGACAUUUAAAUGGAGGGGGACCAGGUGCCGGCGCCUCUUCUUU